AUGGAUAUCGAAGGAUUCCGCAAAGCGGGCUACGCAGCCGUCGAUCGGAUCUGCGACUACUAUGCGUCGCUCUCGACGCUGCCGGUCUCGUCAGCUGUCGCUCCUGGAUUUCUGUCGCAUUCGAUCCCAUCGGAUCCUCCCAACGAUCCGGAAGAAUGGGAGACAAUCGAUUCGGACUACCACUCGAUCAUCAUGCCCGGCAUCACGCACUGGCAACAUCCCAACUUUUACGCUUACUUUCCCUGCAACGCCUCGUUCCCCGGUGCGAUCGCCGAUCUGUACUGCGCGGCCAUCAGCAACCCAGGCUUCAACUGGAGUGUCUCGCCCUCAGUAACCGAGCUCGAGAUCCUCAUGGUCGAUUGGGUCGCCAGAAUGUUGGGUUUGGACGAGCAGUGGCUGAGUACGAGCAAGAGCGGCACAGGUGGUGGUGUGAUCUUGGGUAGCGCAAGCGAGGUGGCGUUGACCGUGGCCAUCGCUGCUAGAGAGAGAUGUAUCAGGAUCUUAGCAGAUCGAUUUCCGAUGCCGAUGCCAACGACUGCACAAACGACGCAUGUGGAUGGCGAGCGUGCCAACGAGGUGGUGCAAGGACAAAGUGUGUAUGUGGAACCAGAACCAAACCUGGCUUUACACAGCAAGAGCGCAGCUGGAGCUGCAGCGCAGGUGCGAGAGCCAUCGACGGUGCGAGCCAACACGAGCGUGGCGCAGUGGCGUGCCAAGCUCACAUCGCAACUCGUUGUCUACGGUACCACGCAAACGCACAGCAUUGCCGCCAAAGCGGCUCUCAUCCUCGGCCUCGAAUUCCGCGCGCUACACGUCGCAGCUCCACACUACUCUCUGGACGCCGCCACUCUCUCGCAAGCACUGCGAGAGGAUAUGCAACAGGGGCGCAUACCGUUUCUGUUGAUCGCCACCAUCGGCACCACCUCGUCGGGCGCGGUGGACCACCUCUCGGAAAUCGUCGAGGUAGUGCAUCAGUAUCCAACACUGUGGCUUCACGUUGACGCAGCGUAUGCGGGCGUGUGUCUGUCGCUCCCCGAACUGCGCUCCGCGAUGCACCUGGGCGCGAUCAACAGUGGCAAAGUGGACAGCUUCAGCACCAACCUUCACAAGUGGGGGUUGGUGCAAUUCGACUGUUCGCCCGUUUUUCUUCGAGAUCGUGGACAUUUCUCGCGCGCACUUACCAUCACACCGGAAUACCUGCGCACCAAACACGGCGAUGCAGGCGACGUGCUCGAUCUGCGCAACCUCCAGAUCUCGCUCGGAAGACGAUUCCGAAGUCUCAAGAUCUGGUUCGUCCUCCGCUCCUACGGCGUCAGCGGGUUUCAGCAACAUCUGCGCUCCACCAUCGAGCUCGCACAUUGUUUCGAAACAUUGGUACGACAAGACAAGUCGCGCCUGUUCCAGAUCGUCGCGCCUCCAAGGUGGGCGUUGGUAGUCUUCCGACUCAAACCCCCGCACGACCAACAAGACGUCCAGCAGAGCGAGCGCUUGGACAGCUUGAACCUCCUCUUUUGGCAACAACUGCAACAGUUGACAGCCGAAUUCGUUCUCACCCAGACCAAGCUGCCCGGCAUAGGCAUCUGUCUGAGGUUUGUCGUAGGAAGUCCACAGACCAGGCUCCACCAUGUCGAGAGCACGUGGAACCGGAUCAGCCAAACUGCAUUAAAGACGUGGGCCAAAUUCAACGACACCUCAACAGCCUCUUAG